AUGCGGAUACUGCUCGCUACCGUAACCUUGGUGACAACAACGUUAGGAUGUAUGCCGGCGGAAUAUAUGACUUGCGUGUCACAGGUCCUGUCCCAACGUGCCCAUUUUGAUUCAAAUGUGAUGAGCGUAAUUUUGAACAUUACCAGUGAGGCGAUGUUGCUCAAAACAUGCCGAGCCUAUCAAAAUGCUAUUCCCUGUUUCGAGCAGCGAUUGGCGCUUUGCGGAACCAGGGCGCAGCGAAAUGCGCUGGAAAAGGGGAAGCAAAUGUAUAGUUAUCUCUGUGCCCCAUUCUCACUUCAACGCCAGAAAAUCUUCCUCCGCCGAAUCCCAUGCAUUCACGAGGUCGUGAAUAAACCGAUGGAUGGUUUAUGCGAAAAGACAGGGCUUAUGGCAAAGAAAUUGGCUAGUUGUCGCACAAAAUGCCACCCCAGCGACACGAGAUGUCUGUCAAAAGUUGACGCAUCCGACGUGAGCGUGUGUACGGUAUUGCGGCUGGAGAGUCAGUGCGGAAUCGAGGCUGCCCAAUUUUAUUCGCAAAUGCAGCAGGUCCUGCUCAACACGGAAUACCCCGUCCAAUGUCGAUAUUCCCUCAAAAACACCAUGUCGGACCUGAAAAAGAAGGGGUUACCCUCCGAGCCUCUUGCUUCACCCUCAAAAACCCCUGCUGAGAACUCGUUUGAAGAAAAGAUACGCGAGAACAUGAAAAAGAUCCCAACCACGACGCAUCGGGCCAUCCGUCGGCAGGCCCGCAUCCGAACCGUUUUUAUCAAGCGUCCCACCCCGGCCUCCAUCCAGCUACCCCAAUUUGCCCCUCCCGUCGUCAUCACCAAGGGCAGGUUCAAUGAUUUCGGCACUACGAGAAGCCCGGGGUUCAACCAGAAAAUGGUUAUUGGCGCCCGGCCCAUCCCAAACGCACUUUACAUGGAUCAGCCGGUGUCGAAAAAUUCGCUCGUACAGAGGAACACCCCUUUGCCGACGUUGAUCCCGCAGCCAGUAACAACCGCCGUCACUGCAAAGCCUAAACUUUUCCAAUGGUCCGCCCCUAAAUUGACGACAGCAGCGUCGGAAGGCCUAAAAGACUUCAAAGUCCCCGCCUGGUACCAUCAAAUCAAGCAAAAUCAAACAACCGCCAACCCGCUAUUCGUUUUCAAGCCCCAAACCAAAGAUUCGGCCCCUGCAAAUAAUGCUUACCCAGCCGCCGGAUCCGGGCUCGGCACCACCCCCAUUCCCUUCAAGAUUCAGAUAAAUUGGCUCGACCCGGAGACGACGGUUUCCCCGAUUAAAAAGGUCACGCAACCCUCGCCAAGCAUCGUACGCCUAAACGACGAGCUGGCCGAGGAGUCGGAUUCUGGCAAGCCAGCUGACGCCCAUUCUACGCUCCCCACGAUUGAUCUGGAGGAUUUGAGUCAUAAGGCAAGCCGGUACUUCAAUGCGGCCGUGUCGGCGAUUGAAGAGAAGACGACGAAACAGGAUGGGGACGCUUGGAGUAGGAUUGCGGGCAUAGUUGGCCCCGCUAUCCAGAAGAUUUCGCCGCAGGUGAUCGUUCGCCUGAAAGAAGAAUUAGACAAAAUUGACGUCCCCGCCGACGAGGACCCCCUAUUGACGACUACGAUAGCUUCCCAAAAUCCGGCCCCCGAUGUCAUCAACCAC